CUUCUGAUUGGUCCUCGCAGUAGUCGCUUGUCAAUGACGGCAAUCAGAUGCGCCUGCAGCACGACGUGAGUUACACAAAACAAGUGCUGGGGUCGACAACAACGAGGCUCAAUGUCACAGAGGUUUACCAGCCAACAGAGAGAGAAGAGACACUCUUAAAUAACCAAUGUCGUUUGUUUGGAUAUAGUUGGGAUAAUCUUCAAAAAGACAAUGAUCUCUUGAGGAGGUCCCCCAAUCUCCCUCCCCCUUCCUCCUCUGUAGUUACAGAUCCACUGGUCCACCAUGUCCACCCAGAUUUGUAGAGUGGUGGAGCUGAUGACGCGCUCUGCUUGCUGCCAGAACAUCAGAAGAAGAUCGUGUUUGCACAAGGCGGUGUUGGCCCCUGUGGGUUAUUCUGGCCUCUGUGUCCCUGGGGCUCCUGUGCUUCAUAGAAGAGCCUACAGCCUGGAUUCUCUCUCUUCGGGUCCUGGUCGGCCUACAAGCUCCCAGCAGCCUCGUGCAGAGAGGACAUCGCCCUCCUUAGCGCUCACACACAGGAACCUGUCUGCUGUGACUGUACAGGGCCAAUGUCGUCCUCUUUGCCGGUAUGACUUCCUGGACCUUGGGGAGGUAGAGGAGAACGUACGCCUUGCUCAGGCCUGUAAAAAGAUCCGACACUUCAUAGUGGACCCAGACCUGGCUGAACUGGUAGCACAGCAUGUAGGACCUGAGGAUGCUAAAACUGUUAUCUUCGAAUGUAAUCCGGGUCCUGGGGUGUUGACUAAGACUCUGCUAAAUGCUGGAGCUCAGAGGGUUGUGGCUCUUGAAGGGGAUAAGUUCUUCCUACAUGAUCUACAGGAGUUGGAAGGUCGUCUUGAUGGUCAGCUGGAAGUGGUUCACUGUGACUACUUUAAACUGGACCCCAUUGGCACUGGAAACAUUAGACCACCUGCCAUGUUCACUGACAAAUUAUUCACUGACCUGGGAAUAUCGGAGGCUAACUGGACUGAUGACGUCCCAGUGAAGGUGGUGGGUAUCCUGCCUCUGCGAAAUGAGCGUGGCAUGCUGCUGAGGAUGGUUUACGCUUUGUUUGAACGGCUGUCCAUCUACAGAUACGGAAGAAUCGAGCUCAACCUCUUCAUAAGCGAGAAGGAAUACCUGAAAAUGGUGUCACCUCCAGGUGACAUGAUGAACUACAUAGCAUUCAGUGUCCUCUGGCAGAUGGCCUGUGAUAUCGAACUACUGCACAAGGAGCCCUGGGAGUCAUUUGUGAGGUCUUCAAAAUCGAGAGCACCCAUCCCUAAGAGCAGGCUUCCCAACGACCACAUGUGCCUGGUGCGUCUGCGUCCGCGGGCUGAUCUGUUCUCCGCAGGCCUCACGCCUUCUAAUGCUUCAACGCUGCUGAUGAUGAUCAAACAGUGUCUGGCAAAGAAGAAGGUCAAGCUCAUUGACAGGCUCAAUCUGUGGUCUCCAGACAGUGGGAGUAAGCUGUUAUCGGAGUUGGGCAUCCCGGAUGACAUACUAACAGGCCAUGUAUUUCCAGAGGAGUAUCUUCGACUGUUCCAGCUGAUGGACAAGAGUCAGGACUUCAAACAGAGCUGGCUUUAUGAAGAGAUUCUGGAGAACACACAGAGGCAGGGUUGGGGCUAAAUUAUAGACAUACAGGUCAUGUGUAUAGUUUUUAUAGAAAUGAAAUACAAAAGUAAACAAAAACACAUGUAUAAUAAUGUAAUGAGAAUAAUAUAAUGUUUGAUAUGGUAAAACGGGGGGACACAUACGUACGAACAUACGAAGAUGCAUAGGUACAUACAGAAACACACAAAAUAAUAAUAAGUUAAAUGCUCAUGAAAUGGACGCAGCAGAAUAACUUGAGUGACUGAAAUGUUUGUGACUUACUGUACUUUAGGUCAAAAGAGGAAUGACUUCAAAUGAGCCUCUGUGUUGUCCUGAACUGGGAUUCCCAUGAGUUGAUAUUUAAGACAAAAUCUCAGAAGUAGAAAUGGUUCUUUUUGAGGAGAAAAGUUGAGUUUCUGCAGUAAAGAAAAUUCAAAAUGUGUUGUAGAAUAAUGGUCUUAUGAUUUAGUUUCAUUCUGUAAAAGAAAAAUCCCUGCAUGAAGACAACAGCAGCAUGUCCAAGGGGGCUGAAUAAAAAUGCCUCAUAGAUGCACUAGGUCAUGCAAAUUAUAUUAUAAUUCAGAAAUGUGCAUAUACUCAAAUUAUGAAUACAACUGUAGUUUUGCUGAUGCAGUAUACUGUGACCGCGGUGUCACAACACAAUCGUCCGUGUAUCUUGUAUUGCAUAAUUUUCCAAACCAAGCGUAGCAGUUCAGGAAGAAUGAUUUUUUUCACUGUAAGUCUGUAUAUUUUUGUACAUCCAUUGUGCGUGCAUAAGCUUUAAAUGUCUUGUAUGUCUUAUGGAUUGUGUAAGCUGUGUGUGUGUGUAAUAUGAUUUUUAAAGAAAUCAUUAAAUCAGAAUUUUGAUAUGUAGUGUGAGGAGAAAUUGAUUUCAGUUUUACUAAGUGCUCGCACCAUCGAUGCUCUUAAUUUUGAUGAGUCUGGGUGUAAUGGCCUACUUUUCUUCCCUGAUUGCAUACAUUGAAAACAUGGUGAUUUAGUAGGUUGGUCAUAUGCUUUUGAAAUAUUUCUAUUUUUGGAACGGUGUGCCCAUAUAUAGGUCAUGAAAGCUUGAUUUAUCUGACUUCAUGUCAUACGUGCAAAGCAAUAAUACAUCUGAACAAAAAUAUAGGUUCUUGAAUAAAUUAUUUUACUGUAAAGACCA